CUAAAUUCAACUGAGUGUGUUCAUAUCACCCAGUUAAAACCUUUAAUUGGCGAGACACCUGAAAAAUAUUAUUGGUUGUGCAGUUUUGUUCCAGUAACAAAGGAAAAUAAGACAAGUGAUUUGCUGGGAGUAGACCUUUUUUAAAAUUUAAUCUUAUUUAAUUUACUGCUGAAAAAGGAAAUCAGUUUUGAGACUUGAAGCAAAGACGAUUGAGACUUGAAGCAAUGGGAAUCCACAGAGCAGCAGAUCAGCUGAAGCUUUUGUUUUCAGUGCUGAUGGUGAUGAUGUCUUUCCUGGGCAUACAGUUUUGGAUGAAGAAUGACAGGCAGUCCAACAUAUUGGUCCAGGCUCCUGCCUCACAUCAGAACCAUGUGAAUUCUGAUGACCUGCUCACGAUCCUUCUCACCCCUCUCACGACCAAGCCCAUGGCUUAUAUUGGUAUUGCCCCACAAGAGUGGCACAAGGUCCUAGACAUGCUUCACUGGCCUGGUCCAGACAAACAAAUUGAAGAUCUGUCCACAAGCACGGAUCCAUCCAGCUCAUAUUUUUACAUUCCUGGGCUGCAGAAGAGCUACCAGGUAGGGGAAGAACUGUGUGUCACAGUGGUGGCCAGGAAUUUCCACCAGAACCCCAAACCAUAUGGAGGUGACUUCUUCCAGGCCAAGCUUUACUCCCCCAAACUGAAGGCUAGCGUAUUUGGGGAGGUGACAGACCACCAGAACGGGUCCUACUCAGUACGCUUCCUACUGCCAUGGCCUGAGGAGGCUUGGGUAGCUGUACGUCUGUUCCACUCCAGCGAGGCUGUGCAGGUCCUGAAACACAGCCGGAAAUAUCACUCAGACCGCGUCUAUUUCAGAGGCGUAUUCAUGGGGAUCGAUCUCAAUGGGAAAAACUUUAGAGAAACGAGGGAGUGCAAUCCAAAGUGGGAUGGGGCUGGUCUGGAACGCAUGCAGACGGGCAACUGCUGCUGUGAGUAUCCGGACCCAGGAACAGGGGAGGUGUGGCUGUGCAAGAAGCCCAAAUCUCUGUCUUGUGAUGCCCUGGUCUACCAUCAGAUGGGAGGCUACAGGAACAUCCUCCGACCUGAAGAAGCAAAAUUCCUGGCCACGAAAUAUACUAAUCAGUGGAUCAAAGGGAACGACAGCAGAAUUAUAAUCCUUCCCUCCAAUACAACUGUUGGUGCAACAGAGAAAUGCAGACCUGGGCUUCAAAUACCAGUUCCAGCUGGGUUCUACAUGAGGGAUGUGUGGACCUCCCUCGUCUGUAAUGCAGGCCAUUUUGAUGCUCCCAAAAUAACACAGUGUCUGAAGGACAGAGAGCUUUUCAUGAUGGGAGACUCCACCAUGAGACAGUGGUACCAUUUUCUGGGAAACUUUGUGCCAAGCAUGAGAUAUAUGAAUCUCCAAUCUACUGAACAGGCAGGCCCUCUCUUGGCAGUGGAUGUGACAAAUAACAUACUCUUGCACUGGAGGGCCCAUGGCACACCAUUACGUUCUGGAACAUCCCCAAUGGCAAAUUUGCACUACAUCAGCAAUGAGAUUGACAGUAUAGCAGGUGGUCCGCGCAAGGUCAUCGUCUUCACCAUCUGGGCGCACUUCACAACUUUCCCGCUGGAAUUUUACACCCGCAGGGUGGCAAGGAUUCGCCAAGCUGUUAUUGCACUGCUGAAGCGCGCGCCUGACACGAUUGUCGUCAUCAAGUCUGCCAACACCGGCUCCACGAAUGUAUUUGGCAGUGACUGGCUUGCCUUACAGUUGGACAGAAUAAUGAGGGCCACCUUCCAAGGGAUUAAUGUGGCCAUCAUAGACGUCUGGCAAAUGACCUCCUGCCACUACAGUAAAGAAAAUAUACAUCCCAACCCAACUGUCAUUCGGAAUGAGAUUGAUUUAUUGCUGUCAUUCAUCUGUCCUGUCUGAAUGCCCACUUCUGUUAGACUAUAACAAUUUAAUGUAGAGCAAACUGUACCAACAGAACUGGACUUAGUUCCUCUGCGCUUGUUUCUUGUUAGAAUUUGGUUUGCUGUGGAUCUUUCUGUUUGAAUUCUGUCCUGCCCCACAAUCUGUAAUUCUCCCCAUUUGUUGAGAAUGUUCAAGACGUAUGUUUAGGAAAAGUCACAAAGGGGGAGCCCUAUGGACUUCAUGGUGACAGGUUUAUCGAUUUCCUGAAAGUGAAAACGGUCAAAUUGACCGCUAUGAUGUUUCUACAGUUAACUACUUUUUAACUGGGCUACUGUAGUUAUCUUGCAAACACUGUGUUUUUAAAUUAAUGAUAGCUAAGCCUAUAGAUCAUCUACUGACAUUCAAACAAUUAAAAGGUUUAUUGUGUAAACAAUAACCCGUUAAAAACAGCACAAUCCAUUAAAAAAUAUCAAACUUUCAUUUAUUUGUAAUUCAUGAUAAAGGAAAAAUUACU